AUGAACGGCACUCCCCUCCUCCCGUCUGCCUUUCCGCAGACGCCGAAAACAAUUCCAGGCACUGGAAGAAAAAAGCUCUUUCAGACUCCAAAAUCGCAGCUGCGAGAGAAUCGCACCGUGCGAACGCCACAUAAAUCAGUAUCCAAAUCGGCCUCGAAAUCCUCGAGACUGCCGCCCCCUAACGCGAACGAUGAGCCACUGAUCCCCACCAGUGUGAUCGAUGCGCCCUCGCAACGACUCUAUGUCGUGGCAGUAUAUUUUGCAUUGAAUGCGUGGCGGAUCUAUGAGUCCCUGACUGCAUCCGAUGACCUGGACUCAACUUGGCUCUUGUUGAAAUGGGCUACGAUAGACGGAAUCUUUUUAGUUGGCUUGCAGGCUCUGCGCAUACCUUGGUUGGAAUGGGCAUUCCCGACCACACUUACUCUGUUCCUGCUGCACGCCGUGGGAAAUGUGUUUUUGAUGUUUCGCAUCCCAAUUCCUUGGGGUGCGUGGCUUUCUGGACUGGUCAAGGUGGCGUAUGAUCGCGAGUUGUCCAUUUCUGAGCGCAGAGUAAAGCCCGGCGAUAUUAUUCACAAUGCGUCAUUGAUUUUGGGAAGGCAGAUUGUGCAUAUUCUACCAGAAGGAUCCGCCGUUCUCAACCCGGAUCGAACCUCGCUUUGCCUUGAUUCUCAUCAAUCUACUAUCGACUUGCCCAUCCGUGUCAACCAGACUAAUCCGGUCUUGAUUGAGGUUUUGCGUUUGGAUCUUAACACUGGCGAGAAUGAAACAAUUAGCAUCCCGGCAAAACAGUUGAAGUCUCUCAAGAAGCAAGCAGAUAAGAAACAUACACCGGGUCAACUUCAUCGAGAUUUGCUUUUCCCAGUUCGUAAGACUGGUGUCUAUCGUCUUCAACGGGUGGUCGACGAAUCUCAGCUAGACGUUCACACGCGCACAUUUGAUGCGCUAGUGGUAUCUUGCCCGCGAGCUCUGAUCAAAAACUCACACAUCGACAAGUGCAGAGGAGAAUUAUCAGACUUCAAAUUGGAGGUGGAAGGUACGCCUCCGUUGAAGGUCAAAUAUAGUCGCCAAGUUAACAACCUCGAUCGUGGCUUCUCGGUUCUCAACAUCCAACCAGACAACUUGCGCUCUCCGCUGCUAAAUGGGCGAACUACCGCUGCUCUGUAUAGCAUCAAUCAGCCCGACGUGUCGUGGGCUCAGAGCCAAAGGAUUGAGAUCCCUUUGAAUGAAUCAUUGAAUGAUGGCGGAGAAUGGUUCUAUACCGUUGAAGAGGUCCACGAUGCUAUUGGAAACGUGGCCAAUUAUUCUACCAUCUUUGAGGAAGGAGAUCGACCGUCUACCAAGUCGCAAUCCCAAUGGUAUCAGUUCUCCGUCCAUGAGCGCCCGCAGUUGUCUCUACAAAAAUGCAAUUCUCAGAAUCCCUUGCAGGUCGCCAAGGGAGACAGCACAAGGCUCCCCUUGAGCUUCCAUCCUGAUGGACAGGCAUACUCUAAUGAUGGUCCCUUCUCAGUCGGUUACUCGUUCACGGGCAAUGCACAAGAAGUAGCAGAUGCCCGGGCCGUUGACCUCAAACACAUGAAUCAGACUUUUGAUAUCAAAGAGCCUGGUUUGUAUGCCUUGACAUCGGUCUCUACCAAGUUUUGCCCCGGUGAGAUCCUGGAGCCUUCAUCCUGCUAUUUGCAUAACCCGCCUGAGCCCGAGUUGGCAGUCAAGGCGGAGAAGAUCUUUGACCGCUGUGCCAAUAACGCCAUUGGAUUACUCGUGGAUUUGGCUUUCACGGGCUCACCUCCAUUCUCUCUUCGAUACAGCAUUGAAAGCUCCAAGGGCGUUGUUUCCAAGGUACAAGCCGUUCAAGGAAUGCGCACGCAGCUCGAUUUCACUCCAUCGGAAGCUGGUUCAUACACCUAUCGUUUCCUGGACAUUGAAGAUGCCGUCUACUCACCGCGGGCUCUCAAGUUACCUGCGCUCGAACAAGACGUGAAGCCACCGGCGUCAGCUCAUUUCCUGUCAAGAAAAUUGAGAUCUGCCUGUUUCGGUGAAAUGGUUUCUGUGGAAGUGGCUUUCCUUGGAGAGGCGCCUUGGGUCUUGCAAUAUGAGAUCGUUCAUAAUGGAAAGCGAUCCAAGAAGUCAUUAGAAUCCGAUACCGAUGUGGCAACCAUCACAACUGAUAAGCUGAUUAACGGUGGCGAAUAUGUCGUAUCACUAACCAGCGUCAAAGACAAGUCUAAUUGCAAACGAACUCUCAAGGAAAGCAUCAAUAUCGAAGCCCGGUCGCAACCCCCGCAUGUAUCUUUCGGUCAGAUUGAUAAGAAGAGAAGCGUGUUGGCUUUGCAAGGGUCCAGGAUUGAGAUCCCGUUGAGGCUGAGCGGCCAGCGUCCUUGGACUGUCAAGUACAAGAAUGUGGAUGUUGAUUCGGCACCGAUUCAGAAGAACUUCUGGGAUGCAAACAGUGUUUUGACCGUGGAUAAGCAGGGUCUAUAUGAGAUCAGCGAAGUCUUUGAUGCCGCUUGCCCUGGCACAGUGGAUCAGUCUGCCAAUGAGUUUGAAGUGUCGUGGAUUGCACGGCCACAAAUUACUGCUCUGGACGGUUCUCCCAUUGGAGCCGCCAAGGAGUUUGCUAAGGCAUCGGUCUGUCAAGGCGACGAUGAUAGUCUCGAGGUUCGGCUUUCGGGUAACCCUCCGUACAGUCUUCAAUAUGAGAAGCGACGCAAGGCGGACCGUGGUGGAUUCUCUUCGGCGAAACCAAAGAGCUUGAAGUCUGCCCUUCAUGUGACUUCAAUGGAGAUGGAUACCUCCGAGGCUGGAGAGUACAGCUACAAGUUCACGCAAGUGGGCGACAAUCUCUACGACAACGAUCCAAAGAGCAAACCUUUGACCGUGACACAAAAGGUGAACCCGCUACCGUCCGCUAAGUUCGACCAACCUGGUCACGUAUUUGGCUUCUGCAAGGAAGAUAUCAACGGCGAGGAAUCGAUCCCCAUUACCUUGGAGGGUGUCCCACCAUUCUCUUUGGAGAUCAGCAUCAAACACCACUCCAAUGCCAAGCCGGAGAUUGUCACCAUCCCCAAGAUCAAUUCCAACCGCCACAAAUUACUCAUUCCUCGCCGCCAUCUCGACUUGGGCCAACACCAAGUCAGCAUCCACAAGGUUCGCGAUUCGAGAGGAUGCCAAAGGACCACUGAGCUCGAUGCCUCCUCGGUGAGAGUGGCCAUAUCCGAUGUUCCUACCAUUAUUCCGCUCGAGUCCAAGGUGGAUUACUGUGUGGGCGAACGACUUUCGUUCUCGCUGUCGGGUCACGGUCCAUUCGAUGUGUUCUACACCUUCGACGGUGCGAAACGCAAGGCCACUUCUCAAACCACCAACUUCCGUCGUAUUGCCGAGCUCCCUGGCAAGUUCACCAUCAAUGCCGUCAGUGACGGAGCCAGUGGGAAGUGCAAGGCCCACAAGGAGAUCACCAAGGUUAUCCACCCUAUGCCUAGCGUGCGGAUCAGCAAGGGCAAAGAAUCGGUGGUGGAUAUUCACGAGGGCGGAGAGGCUGAGCUUCACUUCGAGUUCUGGGGCACACCACCAUUCGAAUUUACAUACAUCCGUAGUUCCAAUGUCCGCAAGGGGAAGAAAGCGGAGAUUCUUGAUAUCAAGCACGAUAUCUCGUACGAGAAUUUCAAGACCAUCAAGACCUCCGACGAGGGAACUUACGAGGUGAUUGCGAUCAAGGACAAGUUCUGUUCAUUCUCUGCCCAGAACCCGGGUAAGUCGGACAGAUGA